ACAACAACUGCAGCCGAUACAACUCCUGCUUCGACAACAACUGCACAAACACCUGUGUCAACAAUAACUGUAGCGGAUACAACAACUGCUUCAAUAUCAACAACAGCCACUCCUACACCAACUACAGAAACGUCUGCUGCAACAACAACACCUGCUACAACAACAACACCUACAGAAACCACAACUUCUGCUUCUACAACCGCAAUAACAACACCCGCUUCAACAACUAUAGUAGAUCCAACUCCUGCAUCAACAACAGCUCCUGCUUCUACAACAAAUGUAGCAGAUACAAAUCCUGCUUCAACAUCUACUCCAACACCAACUGCAGAAACAACAUCUGCUCCAACAACACCUGCUACAACAACUCCUGCUUCUACAACAACUGCACAAAGAACAACUGCACAAACAACAAGUCUAGCAAAUACAACACCUGCUACAACACCUACAGAAACCACAACUUCUUUUUCUACAACUGGAAUAACUACACCAGCUUCAACAACAACUGUAGAAGAUACAACUCCUGCAUCAACACCAACUCCUGCUUCUGCAACAACUGUAGCAGAUACAACUCCUGCGUCGACAACAUCUCCUACUUCUACAACUGUAGCAGAUAAAACUCCUGCUUCAACAACAUCUACUUCUACACCAACUGCAGAAACAUCUGCUCCAACACCUGCUACAACAACACCUAGAGAAACCACAACCUCUGCUUCUACAACUACAAUAACAACACAAGCUUCAACAACAACUGUAGCCGAUACAACUCUUUCGUCAACAACUCCUGCUUCUACAACUGUAGCAGAUACAACUCCUGUGUCGACAACAACUCCUACUUCUACAACAACUGUAGCAGAUACAACUCCUGCUUCAACAACAACAGCUACUCCUACACCAACUGCAGAAACAUCUCAGAUACAACUCCUGCCCGAUACAAGUCCUGCUUCUACAACAACUACUCAAACACCUGCUACAACAACACCUACAGAAACCACAACUUCUGCUUCUACAACUGGAAUAAUUACACAAGCUUCAACAACUGUAGCAGAUACAACUCCUGUGUCAACACCAACUCCUGCUUCUACAACAACUGUAGCAAAUACAACUCCUGCGUCGACAACAUCUUCUACUUCUACAACUGUAGCAGAUACAACUCCUGCUUCAACAACAUCUACUUCUACACCAACUGCAGAAACAUCUGCUCCAACAACACCUGUGGAAACCACAACUUAUGCUUCUACAACUACAAUAACAACACCAGCUUCAACAACAACUGUAGCAGAUACAAUUCCUUCGUCAACAACAACUCCUGUUUCUACAACAACUGUAGCAGAUACAACUCCUGCGUCGACAACAGUUCCUACUUCUACAACAACUGUAGCAGAUACAACUCCCACUUUAACAACAGCAGCUACUCCUACAUCAACUGCGGAAACAUCUGCUCCAACAACUACAACUGCUCAAACAGCACCUGUUAGAGCAGGUGCUCUAACAGCACCUGUGGAAACCACAACUUCUGCUUCUACAACUGCAGUAACAACAACACCAGCUUCAACAACAUCAUCUGUAGCUGAUACAACCUCGGCCUCAACAACCACAGCUACACCUACAACUGCGGAAACAACAUCUGUUACAACAACAACAACUGCAGAAACCACAACUUCUGUUCUGACAACAACUGCACAAACAACAACAAAUGUAGCUGAUACAACUCCUGCUUCGACAACAACUGCACAAACAACACCUGAAGAAACAACACCUGAAUCAACAACAACUGCAGCCGAUACAACUCCUGCUUCGACAACAACUGCACAAACACCUGCGUCAACAAUAACUGUAGCGGAUACAACAACUGCUUCAAUAUCAACAACAGCCACUCCUACACCAACUACAGAAACAACGUCUGCUGCAACAACAACACCUGCUACAACAACACCUACAGAAACAACAACUUCUGCUUCUACAACUGCAGUAACAACACCAGCUUCAACAAGAAUUGUAGUAGAUACAACUCCUGCUUCUACAACAACUGUAGCAGAUACAACUCCUGCUUCUACAACAACUGUAGCAGAAACCACAACUUCUGCUUCUACAACUGGAAUAAUUACACAAGCUUCAACAACUGUAGCAGAUACAACUCCUGUGUCAACACCAACUCCUGCUUCUACAACAACUGUAGCAAAUACAACUCCUGCGUCGACAACAUCUUCUACUUCUACAACUGUAGCAGAUACAACUCCUGCUUCAACAACAUCUACUUCUACACCAACUGCAGAAACAUCUGCUCCAACAACACCUGUGGAAACCACAACUUAUGCUUCUACAACUACAAUAACAACACCAGCUUCAACAACAACUGUAGCAGAUACAAUUCCUUCGUCAACAACAACUCCUGUUUCUACAACAACUGUAGCAGAUACAACUCCUGCGUCGACAACAGUUCCUACUUCUACAACAACUGUAGCAGAUACAACUCCCACUUCAACAACAGCAGCUACUCCUACAUCAACUGCGGAAACAUCUGCUCCAACAACUACAACUGCUCAAACAGCACCUGUUAGAGCAGGUGCUCUAACAGCACCUGUGGAAACCACAACUUCUGCUUCUACAACUGCAGUAACAACAACACCAGCUUCAACAACAUCAUCUGUAGCUGAUACAACCUCGGCCUCAACAACCACAGCUACACCUACAACUGCGGAAACAACAUCUGUUACAACAACAACAACUGCAGAAACCACAACUCCUGUUCUGACAACAACUGCACAAACAACAACAAAUGUAGCUGAUACAACUCCUGCUUCGACAACAACUGCACAAACAACACCUGAAGAAACAACACCUGAAUCAACAACAACUGCAGCCGAUACAACUCCUGCUUCGACAACAACUGCACAAACACCUGCGUCAACAAUAACUGUAGCGGAUACAACAACUGCUUCAAUAUCAACAACAGCCACUCCUACACCAACUACAGAAACAACGUCUGCUGCAACAACAACACCUGCUACAACAACACCUACAGAAACCACAACUUCUGCUUCUACAACCGCAAUAACAACACCCGCUUCAACAACUGUAGUAGAUCCAACUCCUGCAUCAACAACAGCUCCUGCUUCUACAACAAAUGUAGCAGAUACAAAUCCUGCUUCAACAUCUACUCCAACACCAACUGCAGAAACAACAUCUGCUUCUACAACUACAACUGCUUCAACAAUAUCAACUAAACCACAACUCCUGUUCUGA